GUUCUCAGUUUGUCGCUGCAUUUACCGCUAUUGGCUUUGUUGUUUGACGUGAACAGAUCGUUUUUCUUCAAUGUCGUGGUUCAUACUCUUGUUGUUUCUAAUCGUACUUCGUCCUGUAUGUUCGUUAUGGACCUUUUUUUCUUCAAUGUCGUGGUUCUUCAUGCAACAUUAUUGUUUGGUUCACGAGGCACAGGUAAUUGAUAGGUGUUAUCUGGAGAUGUUUGAGAUUUAGUGUAGGACUUAUUUUGAAUGCUCUCUGCGACGAGAGGUUUGUCUCUGCCGACUUAUUAUUAUUUAUUGAGUUGUUGAAAUAUAACAAUGAAAAGAAUUUCUGUUGAUCGGAAUUGAUAUCCUCUGUUGAUGACCACUCUCUUGGCGAUAUGAAGUACGGGUGUGCGGAGACCGUGGAGUGUUUAUUUGUGAAGGCAAUCUAGAGUACAUUCUGAGUGCAACAUGUUUGCGUGGUUGUUUGCGCGCACGGCUUUUAGAUCAGCAACCUUAAUGGUUGAUGUUUCAUAUUGCUUGGUAGUUUAUUAUUUGCGGAUGUGAAUUUUCUUAGUGCUAAUUGACUGUGAGAGAAGUGUUGUAUUCGACCCAGAAUGAUCAUGCAUUUUACUCCUCUUUUACAAAGUUGAGUCUGAUUGAGGUUUUUGGAGUUUUAAAAGUGACAAGUACCGGAGUAAACGUCAUCGACUGGUGCAACUAUAAAUUGUUUUAGGUUAUACGGUAGCCAUGGAUACUGCUGCCGGCCGUCCAAAAGAUGAUGUUUCUUUGCCGAAAGAUGGUGGCUUACAUACAUUCAUCCACUUACGUGCAGCUACCAUGACAAAAAUUAUCAAAGAGAUGUUGCCCCCUGAUGUUCGGGUUGCCAAAGAUGCACAAGAUUUGUUAGUGGAAUGUUGUGUUGAAUUCAUCAAUUUGAUCUCUUCCGAGUCAAAUGAGAUCUGCAGCAAGGAGGAGAAGCGCACGAUAGCACCAGAGCAUGUCCUGAGAGCACUUGAGAUUCUAGGUUUUGGAGAGUACAUGGGGGAAGUGCAAGGUGCCUUCGAGCAGCACAAGAAUGAAACCCUGGAAUCCCCAAAGGUUGGAGGAAGAUGGGCAAAAGAAGGAGGAGGGGGCAUGACAGAAGAAGAGGCAAUAGCUGCUCAACAAAGAAUGUUUGCGGAAGCACGUGCCCGCAUGAACAGUGCUGGAGCUCCAGCACCCUCUGCACAGGCCAAUGACUCCAGCUAGGAUUGCCUCAUUGAACAGAAGCAUUCUCCUUGUACAAUGAGGUUCCCUCACACCUGUUUCUGAUAUUGGUGAAGUAGUUAAUUUGUGAUCGAUGCCCAAUCCUCGAUCUGUAAAGAGUCAAAACAUGAAGCAUGUGAAAUUUCAUACCCAAAUACGGAAUUGUAUUUUGCCUUCAGAGGCCGUUGAUUACUAACACUGCUUAGUUUCUCUCUCAUCGAGCUGUUGGUACGCAGUUAAGUGGCCCAAAUUUAGCAAACUGUCACAAUGUUGGUAAGCUAUUCACUGUACAAUAUUGUCCACAUUGAGAUGGUAGUCAAUUUUUGCUUUUGACUAAAUCUAAUCAAUGUUAAAUAACUUGGAGUGCUUUUUUCUUGUC